CUGCAUUCAGUAACCCAGAGACACUUUAUUCCGUGAAGAGGUUUGAUCAACACUGUGAAGUUUAUGGGAGAGCGAAAGAUUACGUGUUUAUUUCGUUCUCCGCGCUUUAAUUAUAUAGAAUAACUGCGCAGGUGCGAUUUUAUUGCAGUUACAUAAAAAAGCUCCAGUGACUCCCUGCAUUGAAUUCGACUUUGAAAGUGAACCGUAGGGGUCUUAGAAAAACAAUUUUGAAUAGAAACUGUGCUAGGCGAUGUAGACGCUUUAAAACGUACAGAACAGACUGUAAUUUCGGAUUAAAGUCCACCAUGGAGGUCCGUCCAGCGCUCACGUGUGUUUUGUUCAGCGUGUUUCUGUGGACAGGAGACGCUCAGCACUCGGUACCUGAUUCAGUUUUAAACUGCUGUGAGGGAGAUGUCCUCUUCCUCCUGGACUCCUCUGGUAGCGUGGCUUCCUACGAGUUCUUCCGUAUGGUGGACUUCCUCAAGGAGCUCCUGCUGCCUUUCUCGCUGGGGCCGGAUCAAGUGAGGGUGGGACUGCUGCAGGUUGGGACUGAACCCCAUCUGGAGUUCAGCUUUGACACCUACAGCUCCCAGGACGGACUGCAGACGGCCCUGGGGAGGGCUAAACAGCUGAAGGGCGACACAAACACGGUGGAUGCUCUCCUGAUGGCUAGGAACCAGGUUUUGAAACAGGGCGUGCCGGGAGGUGCCAGACCAGAUCUGCCCAGGGUUCUGGUUUGGCUCACGGAUGGAGUGGACCCCGGCGAGGUGCAGGAACCAAUGGCGAGGCUGCGGGAAGAGGGCGUGGCCGUCCUGGUGGUUUCCACUGGCCAUGGGAACUAUAAGGUGCUGAGAGAGGCUGUGAGUCCACCCGCAGAGGAGCACCUGUUCUUUGUGGACAUCGAUGAUAUCAACAUCAUCAGCGAAGACUUGAGGAACGCAAUUAUUGAGAUUAUCCGGGCCGAGAGGCUACAGGUGAAGUCGGUCACCAGCACUACUGCUCAGCUGGAAUGGAGGCCUGUGUUGGCCGGCACUGGCUACUAUGAAAUCCAGUUUGGUCCCAUCCGAUCAGGGCAGAUCGGAGGGCCGGUAUCUCCAGGCACCAGUCCUGGCACUGGUUUGGGUCCUUUCCAGAGGAUCACGCGUAGCGGAGAUGCCAGCUCUGCGAUGCUGACUGGCCUGCGUCCAGACACCACAUACACAGUCACGCUCACACCGAAGGCCAACCUAGAGUUCCUCAACUCUCUUCACACCACCUUCAAAACCCAGCCAGUGAAUCCUCCCCAGCCGGAGGUGCAGACUCUGUCCACAGUGAGCGUGUCAGAGUCCAGCACUAACAGUGUGCGUGUGAGCUGGGGUCCGCUGCUGCCUCACCUCAUCCAGGGGUACACGCUGGAGUAUUCAGCGCUUCCUACAGGCCCGCUGCGGGUCGUCAGCGUCAGUAACAGACAGAACUCCACAGUCCUGACCGGUCUCCACGCCGACACACAGUACCUGGUCACCGUGAGCGCGAGACAGGCCUCCGGCAGAGAGAGAGCCAUGACGGUUAAAGUCUGUACACAGGAGGUGUUGCCAGCUCUCUCAGAUCUGCAGCUGACCACAGUGGGCAAUGAGUCAGUGCAGCUCCGCUGGAAGGGGAGUUACGAUGGUCUCCGUGGCUACUGGGUCACAUGGGAGCGAAGUCAGAGCCAGCGCUCCACCCUGUAUCUACCACCCAACCGGCUCUCCACCACCCUUAACCAUGUGCCCUCCAGGGCCCGUGUCUGCGUCUCUCCGGUGUACCGGACAGCCCGUGGGGAGGGACUCUGCUGCACUGCUUAAAUGCGCUCCGCUGUGUUGACCUGGAACUGUGGAGAGCCAUUCUACCAAAUAUGAAAGAAGUGGGAAUGAACAACACCAAAAACUUCCCACAAAUAGACAGAUGGGAGGACGGGGAGUCUAGGACACUGUUGCGGUUUGAAUACUUAUACCCCAUAGAUGGUGAUCUUUAAACACACCCACACAACAUGCACUGACAAACAAGCUCCAAUCCAUGCUUCUAACACAGAGACUAAAUGAGUCUGAACUCAAAAAUGACCUUCUGGAGAAUCAGACUUUUAAAGGAAUGUUUCGGGUUCAAGUUCAGUGCUAUUGAUGGCUGAGAUCUGUGGCUUGCUGUAUAUUACCGCAGUCCAGAGUUCAUUUCUCGCAAUUCGGACUUUGUUUCUUGCUAUUUUUAGGAGAAAAAGUAAGAACUGCAUGAAAUAAACUCAUAAUUCUUAAAAAGAGUUUAAAUCAUAGUUAUUUUUUUCUUAUAUUUUUUUUUCUCACACUUUUUUUUUGCCUCAAAGCUCAAUUUUCACUUCUCGCAAUUCUGUUUUUUCCCCUCCAUUGAAUAAAAAAUAAAGUUAAUUGUGACUUUUUCUUGAAAUUUAUAUCACACAAUUCAAC